UAAGUGGGCAGAGAAGCUAACUUGAUAACUUUGGAAUAUUAAGCAAGCAGCAAGUGGACAUCUAUAUGGCAAAAACGCCUCAAACUUGGAAACGUGUUUCUGAGUCUAUGGUAAAACAUCGAAAGGGGGGAUCACCGAUGGCAGAAGAAGAAAAGAAGUUGAAUGUGCUUGGCGAGAUCUUUAGGACGCCAAAGUAACACUACCACCAUCCACACACCGUUGAUAGUAAAUGAAGAGAAGGUUAUCUUAAGACUGGGAAUGUGGUACCACAGCAAUAAUAGAAAUAACAAAACCAACAACUACGUUACCAACCAACCAACCUGACUUGUCUUGGAUUUCCGAGUCUUACUUUUCUUACUUUUUGUUUCCCGUAGAGUUUAAGAUAUUUUCAACCAUCACCACCUAUUCAGUCUUGAUACUGAAAUGUUGAUGGUGUGGUUGGCUUUCUGUUUUGUGAUAAUCCCGGGAUGAUGAUAAUGGAUUUAUCAGCCAACAAUUUCAGAGUUAUUUAGGAAUAAAGGAAAAGUUAAUUAAAUGCUCUUGAAAAGCGUGUCGUGUUGUGAAAAUCCUGGUGCUUGUUGAGACGAAAUAUAAAUUUAUGAUUCCCGUGAAAAAUUUUCCAAAAGUUAAUAUUCUAUAAUUAUGUAAUCCAAAACCAAAUGAAAAAUGUGAAAAAAAGGAUAAUUUGAUUAUCAUAAUCCUUAAAAAAGAUUUCUAUCAAUUCGUUUUUCUUUUUGUUUUUUUUUUUUGUUUAAAUCUGUGUGAAAAGUAUAUUAAGUACAUAAUAAAUAAAAAAGUACCGAAAUCGAGUGAAAGAAAAAUACUGAUUGUUCCCGGGCAAAAUCGAGCCGAAAUAAAAAAUAAAAUAUUAUUUCGAACAGACGGACGAAUUUUGCUUAGAGUUUUCCAAAUUGAAAGCCAAAACCACGGUUAUAGAUUGUUGUAAACAGAUUCAUCAACAUGUUGCAGCCACGCGCGCAGCGACAGCAGAUACAGUCUCUGGGAUCAUUUUGCAUAUCUAUAUGCAUUAUAUUUAUUUGCAUAGAAAGUGGACUUGGACAAAACUCAGAUGUCUAUAUAGUCGAGCCCACACCCGCUUUGAGACUUAACAGUCAAGACUUGACCACAAUUCUUUUACUCAACAAUAAUAAUAACAACAACAAUCAAGGAAACCUUGGCCGACAUUAUCAUAAUAAUGUAAAACCCACCGUUGGUCUCUUAACAUCAACCGCAAGAACUUUCAUACAGGAAGGCGUGACAACCGAAUAUGCCACCCAGGUUCUUGGUACCACAUUGGAUAAUGGUCGGUUAUAUGCUCAGCUCCUGAAGAAGAGUUCUCGAGUUUUAUAUGACAAAGACAAAGUAUCCAUUGCACCAACAGCUAAAUUUCCAGGUAUUGUGCCAACGUUUAGUGCAAAGAGUCCCAAAUCAUUAUUACAAAGUCACAAUGAUAUAAUUGGAGAUAAAGACUGGCAAUUAAUAGACGAUCACUUACUUUUGGUGAAUAAAGACUCAAUCAAUGAGAAGAAUCCAGCUCAGAAUUCUGAAGUGUCGCAAACGGGUAAUUCAUUGCUGGUUUUCCCAGUGAAAAAGUAUCCAAAUUUCGAUGAAGAAACUUCGAAUGCACCACGGUUUUCAAACCAAAGCUUCAGCUUUUCCCAAAGUAGCAGCAGUACCUCGUUUUCAUCGGAUGAAGGAACCAAUAUUUCACCACAAAAAGUACUUCGCGCUGACAACCUUCCAACUUAUACUAUUAAAAAUGUUUUCGCUCCAAGUGGAUUCUCUUGGGAUUCGCCUCUUGACGAUACAUAUAUUGUGAACGAAAAAUUCGAUCGUGCAUCUAAAUUCCAUGUGGACCAGCAACCACAGCAGCGGACACCUAAAGUGCUUCAACAUAACACCAAAAUCUUGAAUAACGAACUUCGUAGUAUGGCCACGGUUACUUAUUACGGCUUUGCCGAUUUCACAACUGUCGUGGGAGACACUGUUAUCAUAUUCUCACCAAGUACAUCCACUGGAAUUGGUAACCAGGGCCAGGUUACAUCUAUAAAAGGAGAGGCUACACUCAACGGAAUUCCACAGGAAACAGCCUUUGUCACACAUGUACCUAUUACGGUCACGCAGGAUAUAAUCGAGCCCACAUUUACAAUGCAACACGUCGUUGGUAGUGUUCCACCAACUGGUUCGACAGACUCUUUCCAACCUCAAGAAAACACUUCGGAAGUACUCUCUGAUGAACGGGACCAAACUGAACUUACAAUGCCUGAGGAAUCAGAGGACUACAAUAGUGACGAUGAUAGCAGUACAGAAGAAUACAUGACGGCUACACAAGAUGAGGCCUCAGAAGAAACUAUCACAACCACUACACCAAAAAUACCUGAAGAACCUCCUACUGAACCCAAAGUUAUUGAAUUGGAGCCUUCCAUUGUAACCUUAGAAGAAACUCAGACAUCGUCCACUCUGACUCCUACAGAAACUCAAACUAAGGCUAUGUUGUCCACCCCAUCAAAUGAGGAUAUUUCUAAGAUAUUCGCUUCAUUAGCUAGUGUUGAGGCAGCAAAAAAAUUGGCUGCUGAGAAAUCCCAAGCAGAAAUGGAAAUGAAUGAGGAGGAGCAGACUCAAACAACAACGGAAAAUGUAGUGAUUGAAAUCCCAACUGUCACCUCUGCAAUACCUACAACAUUGUCCGGUGAAAUACUCGAAAAUACUGAUGGUCAGAAGCCUCAAAGUUCUACAGAAAAGAAUGAACAAAUUGAAACUACUAGCGAAAAUAUAUCCAAUAACGAGAUGCCCACCGAGGCGGUUGUAGAGGUCGAAUCGGACGUUAUGCCAAAUAAACCAUCGGCAGAAAUAGCGACUGAAACAGAGAAGGAUGUUGAAUCAAUUUCACCGGAAACAAAAGUAUCGGGAGGUGUGACAACAAUAUUUUUCGAAGAUGAUCCUUUCCUUGGAAUAGAUGCAACACAAAUAGAAAAAAUACCCCCACUAACAACCAGUUUGUUGCCAACCAAUGAUGAAUCUAAUUUAGAAACAACAACAGGCAACGCAGAACAGUUGGAGACUACCACGAUGGAACCAGAAGUCGAUGAACCAGAAGCCCAAACAGAACAUUCAGCAAAUAAUGAUGCAGUUUACCGCGUCGAAGGAGAUUCUCAUGAAUGUCAGCAAAAAACGUCCGAGAUUAUACCAACUCUUGUACCGAAAACACUGACAUAUUUAACUACCUUUUUCAUAUCUGAUACCGAGCAAACAUCGACUUCAAUUGAAUCAAACGUUGUUGUUACUUUCGAUGUUAGUUAUUCUACUAAACUUUUCUGCGAGGAAAUUAUAUCAUCACGGGUCGUGGAACAAGUAUUUAGUACGAAAACGGAGUCUGAAGGAGCAUUGACAGUUGAUAGCUCUUCCUCUGACGAACCAAGCAUUGAUGAAACUGAUCUAGCUUCAUCUGUUCCUCAAAUAAAAGAAGAUUCUUCCAUGAUAAUAACCACACCGCGUAUGAUUGUCACAGAAAAAGCCCAUGUUACGACAGAACAAACCCCAGCAACUGAAGGACCUGAACACACCGAAGACAAUGAAAAUGGCGACGAGGAGAAUCCUGAAGAGGAUAGUGAGGAGGAGUCCACUUAUGACAAUACUUCUGAACAAUCUGGGGAGGAAAUAGAACUGAUCUACAAGACUCUGUACACUACAUACACGUACUUGACAACCUUCUUCCAUGAAUCCACCACCAGUAUUUCAAGCCGGAAGGAAAUUAUAACGAAUGUUAUUACAUCAACAGUCAAUCCAAGUCUACUCCAGAGCAACGAUGUCACUAAAUUGCUUGAAAGUAUAGCGCCAUCUACAAUUGUAGAAACCUCAGAGAAUACUUCCACUGAAAUCAUCACUGAUAAGACACCCGUGGCCCAAAGUGACUUGGUUCGAAUCGAUAAUAUCCUGCGGGAAGAUGAGGAGCACCUUUCGACAACACCUUCCCUAUCUGAUCAGGAUAUUCAGCCAAGUGGAGUGAAGACUUAUUAUACAACCUAUACUUACUUUACUACCAUUUUCGUUGAUGGUGAGACGGAGAUAACAAGCCGGACAGAAAUUUACACCAACUAUGUUACCGAAAGCGAUAGUAAUCUUGAUAAAUCAUCGCAAAUAGAAGACAGAAAGGAGUACAUUGUUAGUGAUGAUGAUAAUAAGAUCGUCAACGAUAUAACUCCAACAAGAAUGCACCAUCAACCUGUUCAGACGAACAGUGUUCGCUUAGUUCAGCAAGCGCUUUCGGAACUUUCGACAAGAGAAAACCACAACGUCAUUGAGUCGUCAUUCGUAUCUGCACCAGUCAGUUCAAGUCCAGAUGAAAAUGAAAUAACAAUGGUUACUGAUAUAAAAUCCAGCAGUUCGGAUGGCGAUAGGCAUAUCAUUGAAAAUAUAAACAAGCAUUGGAAUGGGUUGUUGGAAGACCAGAUUAGCUCCGAGAGCAACACUGAAGAAAUAAUACCAUCGUCCACGCUUUUGCUCCAAACUAGUUACACGACCUUCACUUAUUUCACAACAAUGUAUGUCGGCAACACAGCCAGCAGUAUCUUAAGUCGGCUAGAGACGAUAACUAACGUUGUAACCGAAACCUUACAACCCACCCAAAUGCUAAAAGUUGAAGAUUCGACAUUGCCAAUAACUUACUUUACAACUUUCACCUAUUGGACCACUCUUUACAAAGAUGGCGAAAUCACUACAAUCAGCAGAGAGCAGACUGUGUCGAAUAUUGUCACCCCAACAGCCGCUGGCAGCCAAAUCGAAAACAGUGAAGCUACCCAAUCAUUGGUAGCAUUAGAGGAAACUAUCACUCCUAGUUCUGCUGUAGAAAUCGGCUCUAUAUACCUAACAGAAACGGUAGCCCCUCAGAGUGCCAUUAAGGUGGUUGAAAAUAUUACAAAUGAAGUAUCUACACUGACUUCGGCAAAAAUCUUGGAGCCAACAACGUUUUAUACCACCUAUACAUACUUCACUACCCAGUAUAUUGGCGAAGAGACUGUAAUAAAUAGUCGCUUUGAAACAGUUACUAACGUCAACACCCCGUUGGGCCAAGCAGCUAUUCUAGAAGCUACGGUAGCUCAGCCGGUCAGUACGUCUUCUUCAAUUACUCCCUCAGCGCUUGAUACUGAAACUACAACUCCAUCUGUACUAACUACUGAUGAGGAAAUAAUUGAAAUCAACCACGGUAAAAUUGUUGAUGCUGAAGGAAUUAGCACUUUACUAUAUACAACCAAAACCAUUGCAACAUCAAUCAACGAUCUUCGGACCACAGUCGUCCAGAGUACUUCUUUGUUGAACGUCGAUGAAGUGAAAAAGGCGUCGAUAUCCUCGUCGCAAAUAGACUCAUCGACCAGGACAUACAAAACUGGUUUAGUUCGCUUAAUAGAUGGUACAAUAAUAGCCAAUUCUACAACCACAUUGUAUCAGUCAAAGGUGAUUGGAACUAUAAUUGAUGGCCGAUAUGCUCAAAUUAUUGAAAGCACAUCUAGCUUUUUGGUUGAAAAAACACUAGCUCCUUCAACACCUGUUUUGGAUAUAUCCCCGACGGCCGUGCAACCAUCUUCCGUGGAUGUGGUCCUUCAAACUACUUUCGUGCCUACGACAUCACCUGAUGCCAUUGAAAGUUCAAUAAAUGACGGUCCUGAGGAUAAAACACAAGACGAGGAGGAGAAUGAUGAAAGUGAUGACGAAAGCGAAACAGCAGUGGACGAAAGUGGUCGCCCCAAAUCUAGACUUACUUUCCAAACUAAAAAGAAAACAUUUACGCCCGUCAUUCGACCAUUCGCUUCUCGCAACCGCCCGCAAUUUGCUCCGAAACGUAAGAAUGCAGCUCCUGGCAGUGCCACGAUCAUCACCCGGAGCGACUUUACACCAACCAUCACUGCAACCCCUGCACUGAAAUCUGAAGGCGGAAAGGGCCGUUUCAGCAGUAAUCGAAAGGGUAGUUCAGUUAUUUUGAGCUCUGGCGUAAUUUCUGGAUCAUCAAGGAAGUUCUCGCGACCAGGUGGUAGCUCCUCACGAGGAUUUUAUUCGUCUUCUGCUUACCCUUCAGGAUCAAGAAGGGGUUUCGCUUCAUCUAAAAUACAACCAACUGCUUCUUCUUACUUCGGAGGAAGUUCUAGGCGAGGAGGUGCUUCUUCACAACGUGGCAUCGCGGGAAGUUCCAAUUUCGGACGCCUAGGAAGUUCAAGUAUAUACCCAGGAAAUUCCAGAUUGAGGAUUAAACCAUCUUCAAUCAUACCAACAGCUGAUGUUCAAUCCAUUACCAACCUUUACACUACGCAAGAACCGGACACUAACGAAGAAAGCGCAACUUUGUUCGUAACAGACCAGGAAGGUGGCCAAGACCAGGAAGAAAUUGAGAUCACUACUGAGUCUCAAAGGCGACCGAAUUCACUUUUGAAAUUUCGGCGACCACCGAUCGUUGCUAAAAAUCUACCUGUAUCGCAACGAAGGAAUCCAUUAACUCAAAGAUCAAAGCCAGUAACGACUACCACAAGUACUACGCCCAAGCCACAACCACGAUCUUUUCAACGUCCUUCUAUAGCUCCUUUUGGAAGUAGACCGCGUGCACAACUUGGUCUAUUCCCACCACGUACCUUGUUCAAACCUCAAAAUAUAAACGAUGAUUUGCAUGAAACUAGAAAACAAGAUGAUGACGGUAACGAUUUCGGCGAUGAUCUCGAAGGAGACGAGUAUGAUGAUGACGACGAGGAAAUUGACGAUGAGGAAUUGGACCGGAAUCGUCGAAAUAAUAUAAAAAGACAUGUCCGAACAAAACGCCAGGCACCAGGCUUCCGUAAUAGAUUCCGUCGUCCUCCGGCCGCUUCUAAACAUGAGGAAAAAGCAGAUGUGGUCGAAGAAGAACCAGUGACUCAACGUAGCCGAACUACGGCCAGAUUCAGUGGGUCAAGAAACAACAACAAGAAAUCAUCAACACAGAGUAAAAACAAUAAUGGCAAUAGCCGGAUUCGUCCGACCAAAGCAUCUUCAUCUACUCGAGCUCAAUUUACUCUACGUGAAAAAGAUACUGCUACCAAGCCUUCGCGAUCAAGUAGCUUUAGACGUCCAUCAAACAAUGGUUCUCCCACAUCACGGCGCACAUCCACGACAAUUGGAAGACCAAAAGCUCCACGGCUUAAGUCAUUUUCGAACUCUGUCACUGAAUCAACACAUUCAUCACGAAGUACAGCCGGUCGAUCCCGGCAAACUACCAGUCGUGGUCGUUCAACGACACGAUCGCGAGGAACUACUGAAUACAAAAAUAUUGAUCCUGUUUUACCAAUUUUCGACGGGACCAUCACUGUCACCCAUCAUAUUCCUACUGAAGUUACCAUACCAGUUGUGAACGGGAAAGUUACUGAAUAUAAAAAUAUUGUUACCGCCCAGAUAAGGACUGAAGUUUUAGCUCCAAAUCAGUAUAAUACGCUUGUUGAUCGCGCGGGAAGUUCACUACUGGUACUUGCGCGUGAGGAUUCCACUAUCAAUUCCAACGGUGCUACUGAAGUCACACAGUUUAUCCUGCAUGAAACACCAACCACAAGCGUGAUAUUUACUCCUACUACAAUUCGUGGACGGCGGACUUCCUUCUCUCAUGUAAUACCCUCCACUGUUUACGACGUUGAAAAUGUUGUUUCCACGAUUCAACCCCAAAUUGCUGCACAGGCUCCAUUGGCUAAUAUUCUACUAUCGCAGCUCUUGUUAGGAAACAUUGGUUUACCCCAGCAGCAGUUGAAUCCUCUUAUUGGCUUAGGAGGUCAGACUGGCGUUCCUGGGACACCAGUGACAGAGUUUAAAACACGAACAACAACAUACGUCACAACUGUUACUGAAGGAAUGUCUACGGUCAUACCCCUAACCUUUAGAGGAAAGGAAAUAUUGACGACGAUAUUUGACAGUACUGUUAAUGUGAUCACUGCUACUGAAUUUAUAACUGACACGGUUGUGGUGACACCAACAGCUGCAGCUGUCCAACAGGUCAACAGUCUGCUGUUACCACUUUUAUUGCAACAACAAGCACAAGGAGCACAGCCGGUUUUGCCUAUACAAAAUUCAGCUUUGCCACAGCAAAUUAUUAAUGAUCCGUUGCUGAAUAAUGUACCAUCCCAGCAUCAGAAUCUGUUCCAGGACAAUAGUUUCGGAUUGGAUUCGAACCGCAUCCAAAAGGUAAAUCUAGACGACUUCCAUGAAACUCGUGAAGCAGAACAGUUCCCUGAGCAAGAAACGUUCAGAGAAGCAGCAACCGAAACAACUCGCUCCUCACGUAAACGUCAUCAUCGCAAGGGCAAUAAGCAUGCCAACGGGGCAGCUGCCACCCCUGAGCCACAACCUCCAAUGCAAACACUUGAAACCAGUGUUGUAACUUUAUAUGUUUCAGGUAGGCGACCUGGUGAAUUCAGUACAAUUUUGUCAACUGUUGUGGGACAGGAAGGUUCACUUCGUAAAAGGAGUGCUGAAUUUGCCCCCGUAGAGAAGUCUGCUAUUGUCGAUUAUGGUGACCUUUACAGGCCAGAUGAAAGUGAAAUCAAGGAAUAUCUGUUACCUGCUACUGAUGAUGCCGGCUUGAUCGUCUCGAGUCAGACACCAACAGAGACUCAAAGCUUGGAAAGUAUCGUUGGAGACGUGAGCCGCUGGUUCGAAUCUCAGUCUGACACAUCAAUAAAUAACCGAUCGCCCUCAACUGCAACCACAGAAUUUAUUCCGAAAACUACAACCCAAGUAACCGUUCCAGAAGAGCAGUCGCAACGACUGAAAGAGCAAUCCAAUGAUCAACAUUUUUUAGCGUGGGAAAAAGAGGAAAUCUAUAAUAUGAAUAUGUUUCGAGAGCAACAAUUGGCAGAAAUUCCUGUAAAUAUAAAUUUAAAUAGGCAUAUUAAAUUAAUAUAUAAACGUAAUACUAUAGAACUAAGUAAUAUUUAUAAUUCAACGAUACAAGGAAAUAAUGGUGGUAAAGAUUCGGAGAAAAUGACUGAACAGGUGACCGGAAGAAAAUUCCGAAAGAUCUUACGUAAACGUAGACCUUUACAAGCAGAUGAUGAUAUCCAUGAUCAUCCCAUCGAGCGAAAAACUAGUGAAGUCAAAAGGAAUAAGCCCCGAAGGCAAACUGUGAUUGUCAGGCGACGAAUGUCAUCUGCAGGACAUCCAACAACGUUUGCCUCCAGCGGUGGUAUAGGUUCAAAUCAAAGAACGGAACCGAUGCGACGGACAAAGCUGGUGCGACGAAAGAUAACACAAAUGCCUACGAUUACAGAUACAAAGUCAGCAGAAUUUAUUACUGAGCUCAAGACAGUAACACAAACUGGGUUCAAUACUAUUUUUGAAACGGUAGUACGACAAAAAACCUACACAUACGUUGUCGAUCGCGUACACAAUUCAGAGCAUUUAAUUCAAUCAUCGACAUUGGACAAUACAGCGGAAAUAAGUAUUUCCACAACGCCAUUAACAUCAAUUUAUGACAAAGGGCUAGCAGCAGAAGUUUCAAGUGAAGGUGAUGAUCCUACUCACAACGAGGAUGAAGAUAUUAAUCAUUUACAAUAUGACGAAAGUGGAAGAUUCUUCAAUUUUCAAGUUUUCAACAGCCUUCACUCUUCGACUCCUGCCGCUCUAGGGGAUGAAGCACGGUAUAAUUUAGCCACAAGGAUCAUGUCUAAUGGAGUGGAAGUUAUUGUAGCUGGAGAUAAGAGCAAAACUGCAGUAGAUCGCAAUAGUGUUUUACGAGUUGUACCGAGUAGUUUGAAUAAGCCAAUGACCUUAGCACCUAGUACACUUAAAAAUCAAAUGAUCCUAAUUGCACCGGAAGACUCCAAGGAAAGUUUAACGCUACCACUUAAUCCAAAUCAAUUUGUAACCAAAACGUGUCUAACAACGUAUACAUACCGGACUACCUAUUUGCAAGAUGGUACCACGACAAUUGAGAGUCGAGAGAAAGUCAUAUCAAAUAUUGCAACUGAAGAGAGGAAUUAUCUGAAAAUUUCACCAACAUCGACUUCGGGCGUUACUUUGUCACGUACCCCUGAAUUCGUUAUUGGCGUCUUCCACACAACAUACACAUAUCUUAACACUAUCCUAGAUAACGAGCUCCCAAUUGUUCUGUCUUCUAAACUUACUGUUACUAAUACUAUAACCGGACCAGAAGAUUAUAUAUCGUUCCUUCAGCCAUCAGUGGAAGCUACCCCAGCAUAUGAAACGAAUACAUACUACAGUAAAAUAACAUUAACAAAGACUUUACAUGAUAAUAACGUCGAAAAAGUUAUCUCCACAUCUAAUAUUCUACGACAAGUGGUGAUAACAGAAUCACUUCCGUCUAAGAGCACAUCGGUUAUGACAUCUUAUAUCGCAUUAGAUGCAUCUGAUGAUAAGAAUAACAAUGUCAAAAAUGAUCUACACAUCUAUGCAACGAAAACGUAUCUGACCACGUUCACAUAUUUCACUACUGUUUUAAAAUCCCAAUCUGAGUUGUCCAGUCCAUCUACUGAAGUUAACUCUCACAUUCGAGUGGUUGAGAAUGUAAUCACAGAGUCGAUACCAACUCAUUUGAUUCAGCAGGAUGCUCUAAGCAGCUUUCGUGAACAGCUGCAAGCAGCAAGCACCAAGAUAAUAACUACCUUAGCCAAGUUGGUUGACGGGGAAACAUUGGAAGUGACUGCAAUGAAAACUCCUCAAUUUCAUCAACAUUCGGAAGUAUCAGCAACGAUUAAUGGUGCCAAUUCACAGGCAAUUUCUUCCCACUCAACUAAUUCGGAACGACCUGAUCCUAUUGACAUGGGUCAUGAAGAAGACGAAGCAGGUUUGGACGAUGACAGCUCGAAGGACGAAGAGAACGAGGACAAUGCUACAGAUAAUAUCCUGGCUGAGAGUUCAAACCACCAAGUAUACAACGCGAUUGUUGAUCCCCCAGCCCGCAAUAAUUCUAAAAUCAACGACAAGAAUGGCUUUCAAGUAUCUAACCUCAUUGGAUCUUUAAAUUUGAACGGCCUGAAUGCCCUAGGUCCAGUGAUUAAUGCAAUGGCCGGUUUGAUUAACACUAACUUCGGCGAGUCCUCGUCGAAAAGAAACAUAAGCGAUUUGAAACUCUCAACAAGUGAGAUCAGUAGUAAAAAUCUACUAAAGAAUAUCACAUCAGCAGAAGCUGGAAGUAUUCCAAAUAACGUUAACCUUGCCGAUCUUGCUGACAAUCAACAUCAACAGCACUCUCCUAUCUACAUUCCGAUUAGAAGUGCUAACAAUUUGCUCAACGAAAAUCGUCUAUCAAGUCCAUCUUCCUUGCACAUUGCACCCCCAAAGCCUGCAUCCUCGCACCUACAGAAAUAUCUACUACAAUCCGAUGAGAAAGCAAAUCGUAAUAACAAAUUGGAAGUUGCAAUUGGUAAGCCUACGUAUGAAACACCACUUCUUAAUGGUGGCAUUCCCAUCAGUCCUGGUGAAGUAAUUACCGCAAAUUCGGAUGUAAUAAUUGGUAAACCAGCCGGUGUCAGACCUCGCAUACCAUUUCAAAAUGCUAUUAAAGAGGGAGAACUGAAGCCACCACUAUUGCAAUCGCAGAGUCACCCUACCUCAAAAGUUAUACCACUAUUCCCAUAUCGCCCGCAUUAUGGUCAUCAGUAUCCACCAAAGUUACAAACAUACGGAGACUACAAGCAAACCUAUCCUUUAUCGCCACCAUCACAAUCACCGCAAUCAUUGCCACCGAUAAGGCAUUUGAGUCAUGUUGGUCCACCUAGUUCCCAACAGUUCCAUCAACAACAUCACAUCAACUAUCCAGAAGGGAAGCUACCACUUAAUAAUGAAAUUUUGGAAAUUAAACGAAUUCCCGAAGUUUUCAGUGCAGACCUUCCUAUUUUUGAAAUGAAAAACAAUAUACGCGAUACAGAUAAGACUAUGUUGGUAAAUAUUCAACCAUCUCAGGUUGCCAGCGUCAUGAUCCCUCAUGGUAAUACAGCUCCUGUUCUAAUCAUUGAGAGUACUGCUGAAUUGCAUAAAAAUGGUCAGUAUUUCGAUGAACCAUCACCGUAUCCAAAUACGAUUAUCGGAGAAGAUUCUGCAACAGAUUACGCGCACAAGGUCCCGCCGUCUGGCGCAGAACCCCCGAAGACACAAAAUGGAGUCAAUACUGGGCCCUUCGGGAGCGUGAGUGAGAUACCUAAUGCACCAGUUCAAGUUAGUCUAGAUUCAAGCGUUUUGAGCCACAAUAUUGACGUUCACGUGCCACCGUUAACAUUCCUAAAAGAAAACGACUUCCCUCAGUCUAUUCCAGUUAAAGGACAAAAUCACCUCAACUUCCGAAAAAACGGCCAAUAUAAUGUCAAUAUACCUCACUAUCAUAGACACGUUACGGUCAAUUUGAAGGCCCAGCAUGAUAGCUCCAGUAUUCCUCCUUAUCAUCGACCGCACCGUUAUCCUGUCGAAGGAAUGGGACCACCACCGAAGCGGCAGCCUUUGGGACCUGGGGUUGACCCUUCGAAGAAAUACUACCAUUAUUAUAAUCAAAGACCGCAUAAUCAACAUCACCAGCAUCAUUUCUAUCGACAGCCCCCUAGCAACAAAAAUGACAUGAGCCACUUCACUCCGUAUAAAGAGAACAGAUAUCCUUUUGAAUCGAAUAUACUACCCCAACAUCAUCAUCAUCUGCAAACAAUGCUAGCUCCGACUCAUGAAAGUGCCCAAGAAACUCCUGUUUUCGAUAAUACACCAAUAGACCAUUCACAGGCUCCAUCUAUAGCAGAUGGAAUCACUGACGAGCACAGAGACGAUGACUAUGAGAAUGAAGAAGGGGAAGUAAUACAAGAGUCCAAUUCGCUGCCUGUAAUUCCAGGACAAUAUAUAGAUUAUCCAACGUCAACCAUACAAACAUCGACGUUCUAUAUUUCUCCAUUUUUGAAUAUGCCCUCUGCGUCUGCAAUCAAUGAGUUACCACAUAUGGAGAUCAAUUCUUCACAUGAAAUGAGUGGAGCCAACAUUUCUCAUUCUGCCGCAAAGGAAACGAUUCCUGAAACGAAUAUUACAGCAAGCUCUCCCAAAGUGAAUACUACGAAGCAGUCAUUCCAUACUGAACCUCACUCAGUUUCACUAGGAGAGUAUUCAGAGUUCGAUUCCACCACUUUAAUCAGAAACGAAACGAUACUUCGAAAUCCUAUCCGACCCAACAUGAAAUUAGAGUCAAAUGCACAUCAAGUGAACUUCCUUUCCGGCGGUAAUGUCCAUAGUGGAAAACCUAAUGAUGUACAUGGCUUUGGUCAACCGCCCCUAUCGACUGAAAACUCCGGAAAUGAUAAGAAUGCCACCAGCUAUGGAAACUCUAAUAAAUAUAGCAAUAACAUUACCCCUAUUCCGGUAUGGCAAGCAGAAGGAUCAUUCCAUCGGGAAAAUAAUAUUGAAGGACUAAAUAACAAUUCAUUUAUGAUUGACAUAGAAAAAGAAUCUGGCGAAAUAUUCGACUAUAAAGAAAGUAUCAACCCUCAUAAUUUAGAAGUGGUCAAUAAUUUAGAUCAACCCCAAUCGCCUAUACAAUUAGAGACUACUGUCAAUAUCCCACCUCCGUCACCAUCGCUAAUUCAAACCACGUCUGUUCAGCAUAUACCAAAUGCAGCAAUGGAGGAAGUACUAGGUAUGAGUCCACCUCCGCUGCCAAAUCAUACGACACUCAAUUCACCCCUGUCUGGUCUACCACUACGAAAGCCAUCACGACUAAACCAAAUGGGUUCCUCAAGAGAUCCUUCAGCUAACUCAAAAACUUCAACUAAAGCUCCCUUCUAUUCUCUAACCAGAAAAUCCACGCAUCCAAAGACAACAAGACAACCAACCACAGCUAGUACCACAGCAACAAUCCUUUCAUCAGAAAAUUAUCACAACGUAGUAAACGAUCCUAUUUUUUCAACUAAUGAAACGCACCCAACAACGAGCUUUCCACUAGAGCAAUCUUUCAAAAAGCCUACCCGGUAUUCUAGCCAUCGGUUGCCAAUUACAGUUAAACCUUCAGUACAGGUUUCAGUUUCAACAUCGGUGACAUCAACAACCCGGGCUCCAGUUACUAAAAUACGGCUCCCUAGUUUGGUUUUGACAACUAAGUUGAAUUAUAGUAAGAAAAAGGGUGGUAGCAAUGAGAAAAUUUCAGCACCGAUUAGUGAUACCAAACUACAGAUUGGGGGGGUUACACCAAGUAUUCAGGUCUCCAAUCCUAAUACCGGAGCAGAUGAUAUAUCAAUACAUUCCUCAGAAGCCGCUCAGACAAGCCAAGAAGACAUGUUAAAUGAUUAUAAGAAAUUUCCGGAUGAAAUUCUGGUUGCUGGAUCUGAACAACCAAUUAUAGUUCAGAAUCAUAAUGUAACCACAUCCUCUUUUGCACAUAAAGAAACCGUUACGAUCGAAAAAGCGAAAAUAAGCACGCGUACACGCCUUGUGAGCAAAAUAGUAUUACCCACAAAGUAUAUAACUAACACAAAAACCCUUACCGUGACGACAACUAAGACGACAGUUAUCAAAAGUCAAGGGGUACCCUCUACGCAAACCCUCAUCUUAACCACCACACAAACCUCAACACUGGUAGAUACAGUAACGCAAACACAAACUGAAACCCUGCUCCAACCUACCAAAAUUACAAUUGAUCCCACUACCACGACCCAACUAUAUACCACAGUGACAACCGUUUACACAAUUCCACCCCCUCAUAAUCCUGAAAAGGAGCCAACGCCACCAGAUGAUGUAAUUGACGACAUAAUUGAUGAUAUCGUUGAUAGCAGUUUUGUGGAAACCACGCCGGCUCUAGGUGGAGUUACAUCUAAUCAACUACCCCAUGAGACAACAGCUGCCCCAUCCGUAGUUCUUAAGGUACCGAAAAUUGCUCCCUCGCUUUCAUCACGCACGCCAAAUUUACCUAGCAAUCAAUCAACCGGGCAACAUGAUAGCAUUUUUGUAGUUAUGACAGAUCAGAAGAAUGUUGGUCUCAUAAAUUUAGGUACCGAUCGGGAGCAUUUGGCACCCUCCCACAAUAGUGUGGACGACCCAGAUGACAAUAAGCAUGUCGACAAUAAUCUGGAAUCAAUUGAUUUGCCUCAUCGUGAUGAAGACACAAUAAACGGUGAAUCGAACCACGUUCUCUUGGGAGGAGUUCUAAUAGCCUCCCCUCCAAAGGCUGCUGAUAGCCUGGAAUGCCGCCCCGACUGCAAAGGAUCACGCAGUGAAUUAUGUCAGAAUAUAGAUGGCCAUAUGCGUUGCGUUUGUCGGGCAGGAUUCGCAAGGAUGUUCCCUGAUAGGCCAUGUAAACCUACAUAUACGUACCAACUGAGCCUGCCAUUACACAGGAUCGGCAAGGACAUCCUGAUAUACGAUGAAAGCUUGGUGAACAAGGAAUCAGAAACAUAUUUCAAUUUGGCCAGCCUUACUCACGAAGCACUGGAUCGCAUGGUGAUGCAAUCUGACUUUAGAGAUAUCUACCAUGGAGUACAUGUUACAGGGUUGGAUCGAGCCCACAAUGGCAAUGGCAUCCUUGGGAAAUUCUACUUACAACUUUCAGACAGCAGCGAUGAGCAACGACUAGUGGACGUUUUUCGAAAAUAUUUGCGUGGUACCAAUUAUAGUGUAGGCGGCACAGAAUUGUAUUCAGCUCAAACUAGUGGGACUGACGACUUGGAAGCAACUGAUUUCGAUGAAUGCUUGGAUCGACAAUUUCACGAUUGUUCAGAAAGUGCACAUUGUUUCAACUUGCAUGGAACCUACACAUGCAGUUGCAAAGAGGGUUUUGCAGAUCUUUCCGAGAAUCCUGUCUACCCUGGUCGUAUUUGCUCAACAGAGCAAAUUGGCUGUGAGAAGUGUCACUACCAUGGCUCAUGCUACUCCAGAGAUUUCCUGGAGUCAAAUGAGAAUGCAUAUUGUGAAUGUUUUCCGUGGUAUGCAGGAGCAUCCUGUCAGCUGAAUUUGAAAAUUCUUCUUAUAGCUCUCGUAGCUUUCGGAGCACUGCUACUGAUCCUUCUUCUCUUCUGCCUGCUGAUAACAUGUACCAAACGCCAAAAAAAUCGAAGCAUGCAAGCUAUCAUAUCUGGUAUAAACAUCCUCCCACCAAAAGGUAAAGGAUUUAUGGGGAGCAGCGAUAAGCUCAUGAAAGUUGAUAAACGUGCCAUGAUAAAGGAUUCCAGCAGCGAGGCCAGUAAUAGUUUGGACACACUUCCGUAUACUGCUAAGAAGAGUUUCACUAAAGAUUCAAUUGCUAUUAAGAAACAACCGAUCAUAGAUAGUUCACAACGGCAUAACGCAAUGAGUUCUGCAGCACAAGAUUCUGAUCGACACUGCAAUUUACUCGACCAGAAUGAUCGAUCGCUUACAGUCAUGAUCCCCCGUGCGAAAUAUCAUCCCAUGCUAUCAGGGUUGAGCAACGAAAGCAAUUUAGGACAAUCGUCGAUCAUCGCAGGUUCUUCAGCAGUACCUGAGGCUAAAUUGCUAGGUUAUUGGGACGCAGGUGUCCCUACCACAUCGCCAUCGAAAAAGCUAUCAUCAGCCAGCUCUAAACAAAAUAAUACUCUACACGCAACUUCCACAGGCGCAUUGGUUUCAGCAGGUUUCGAAGUUUCCGCCACAGUUGGGCAACAGGAUCUAGUAUCGACGUUGGAUAGUAAAUCUCAUUCAAAACAAAAAGCCGCAAUGGCGCAACACAGCGCUCGAAAUUCAAUUCCAAAUAGUGAUAGUCAUUCACAACUUGGUGGCGGAAUGUACAAAAAACAAUCCUUGGUAGACAACAAUAUCUUCAUGGAUUCAAUUGAUGCAUGGUCGGGGACGCUACAUCAUACUGAACUAACAGCAUCGGAAGUGCGAUCAUACGACGAAACGACUAUCCAGCCGCAAACGAAAUCAUUCCUCAGUAUGUACGAUAAACAGCUAUCGAACAUGAAUAAUGAUGAGGCGAACACCAUGGCGGAACGUGAUGUUGGUUCGACGUUUCUUCUGCCACACACGCACCUUUAUAAACCAGACAGAGGGAGUGACGAUAUAUCCGGAUUUGAUUCCUUCUAACCGAGUUCUUCACUAGAAAUCGAAGUAGCUACAAGUAUUCAGGGUUUCCACGUAACAAAUUUCAUUUGGUUUUAGGUGAGGAGGUUUCGAAACAAAAAAAAUGGGAGAAGUACAACAUAAGAAAGUCAUAUUUAUACAGGUUUUUUAUUGCAUUUCUCCGUGGUUUUAACAAAACUUGUCAUACGAAAUGAUGCAAGAAACAUUUUACUUUCUUUAUGUUUUGGUUAUUGUUAUUUAUUGUUAUUCAUAAUUUUAUUGUAUUUAAAUGUAUUUAUUGAAAUUAAUUUUAAGGAACAAGUUAAAAAUGUAUGUUUGCGAUGAGCGAAUAUUGAGAAAGUCAAGUCUAGCAAGACAUAUAAGUGAAUAGAAAAUGAAAGCGUUAAUAAUUAACAGAAAAGGAAAAAAUAAAACUCAUAAUGUGCCACAAAUAUUUUACAAAUAGAAAAUGAGAAGAACGAAAAUUGAAAAUGUAGCAGAAUAUAUUAUCAGAAUAUUCCGAAUAUUUUGUUUAAUAUUCGUACAGUUUUAUGCAAUCUCAUAGUAAUAUGAGAUUACAUAAAAAUAUUUUUAAGUUUUAAAUUUAUCACCUUUGGCGAAUUUUGUAAUUUCCAUUUUCCUGAUAUUGCCACCCAUUAAGGAUAGUAGAGAAUAAUCUGUUGGAUUAGGAAAUUUGGAUUUGAAGAUGGAAACUAUAUUAUAAAAUAUAUAGAAGUCGAAUAGUAAGUACAAAUUUAAAGUAACAAAAUGACGAAGGUGAUAAAUUGUUACUAUUAUAAAUAUUUUCCCAAAUUAUUACAGGGAGAAAUAUGCUUUAUUUUAUUUUAAACACUUAUGCUGUUGCUAUUUUUACAAAUUUGUUAACAUACCAUUCAAUUGAACAGUAUAUUUAAAAUUGAGUAAAAAAAAUGACUAAACGUCAGCCAUAUUUGCUUCUCUGAAUUCGGGAAAAGGGAAUAUGAAAAAUAUACUGAGAAUCGAUGAA